AUGUCUUCAACACUGGUAGCCACAACUACCACCACUACUCCCUCCAAUUCUACAAGUAUUUGUUCAUCUACAAGUAUUUGUUCAAUGUGUAACCCUAACAACAGCCACACAUCUUCUAAUUUUUAUUUACCUACAUUAUAUGAAUUAUUAGAACAUACAACAAAUUUAGAUUCUCAUAAAUCAAAUCAAUCAUUAUUAUCAUUCCAUGAAUAUUUAAUGUCAAGACAUUGUUCCGAAAAUUUACAAUUUAUAAUCGACAUCAAUAAAUAUUUAUUCACCCAUAACAGUACUAAUAGUAGUUGUAAUUCUGGGUUAGUUAAUUUGUGGAAUUUUAUAUAUGAGAAAUAUUUAACAUUUGAUGCUGAUUUAGAAAUCAAUUUACCUUGUCGAUUAAAAUCACAAUUAAAAUUAAAUCAAUUACCAGAAUUGAAUGUAUUAAAAAAUUGUCAAAAAUAUAUUUAUGAUAAUUUAUUGAUUAGUUUAUAUCGAGAAUUUACAAAACUGAUGAAACAACAAUAUGAUAAAGAGAUGAAAAAAAAGAAACAACAACAACAAGAACAAGAACAAGAAGAGAAGCAACUGAAACAACAGAAGAGUAUAUCAGAACAAUCAUCACCAAUUAACAAGAAUAACAAUAAUGGCAGUAGUAGUAGUAGUAGUAAUAGUACUGGAAGUUUUACUCAUUUUAAACAUUCAUUAUCAUUGAAUUUACCUCGACGUAAUAGCAAUAAAAUCUGCAACAACAAAAAUAAUCAACACAUUAAACAUAUAGAUGAUGAUGAUGAGGAUAUAUGUCCAAUAUCAAAAGUCAAUACAUCCAUUUCCACAGAAAAAGAAGAAGAAAAAAAAGAAGAAACAGGAAACGUCCAUCAUAGAAAACAACAUUUUAUUGGAUAUGAUUAUUAUACUAUUCCUACAAUAGAAAGCACAUCUUCAUCAUCAUCAUCUUCUUCUUCUUCUUCAUCGCCUACUUAUUUUGACAAUCAAAACCAUAACAACUCCACACAUCAUCAUCAUAAUCAUAAUCAUAAUGAAGAAAAAGAUUGUUUUGUAAUUAAUGAUAAUAAUUAUUUCACUACUUGGUCAAUGAAUAGAAAUAACUCUAGUAGUAGUGGAACUACUAGUGGAACUACUACAAGAACAAAUUCUACUUCAACAAGACAUAAUAGUAGUAGUGGUAAUAGUAGUGGUAGUAGUAAUAAUACUAGUAGAGGAUCUUCAAUUGGAUCGAUAUUUAUGGAUAAUUCAAUUCAAUAUUUUAAUAAUAAAAUGAAAAAAUUCAAAUUUGGAAGUAAUUAA